CAGUGGGAGGGAGGCGAAGGGGGCGGGUCAAGAGUUCUGCAAAAUUAUGUUCAUGUAUUUAGGGGUUUAAGCUGAAGAAAUAAGCUCUCCGGCCGAAUAAACGCGGCCCGAAAUAAUGCAGAUACGACGGGGUGAGGCGAGGCGAGGCUAGCCCGCUUAUCUACGGACGGGCUCGAUUUAAACAAAAAAAAGAAGACAAAGUUGAAGCCGUAACCCUACACGGAAAAGAGGCGGUUGGCUCGCGGGGAGGGGAAACCCGGCCAAGCGUCAGGACGCGACCCACUGCGCGCUUCCAGUGGCAUAGUCCAGGUGAAACUCGCCAGUACCAGUCCGGUCGGACAGGAGUCAUGACUGAGCCGCAGUGAUGGAGGCCACGACGGUGAGCACUUCGGCUGCCGGCUCGGAGGAGUCAGACAGAAACGUGCCACGGAUAUGCGGCGUCUGCGGGGACAAGGCCACCGGCUUCCACUUCAACGCUAUGACCUGCGAGGGCUGCAAGGGCUUCUUCAGGCGCAGCAUGAAGCGGAAGGCGAACUUCACGUGCCCCUUCAGCGGCAGCUGUAAAAUCACCAAAGACAACCGGCGGCACUGCCAGGCCUGCCGACUGAAGCGCUGCGUGGACAUUGGCAUGAUGAAGGAAUUCAUCCUCACAGAUGAGGAGGUGCAGAGGAAGAAGGACCUGAUUCAGAAGAGAAAGGCAGAGGAGGCAGAGAGGGAAGCGCAGAAGCCACGGUUGACGGAGGAUCAGAGCAAGGUCAUCGCAACACUGGUGGAGGCUCACCACAAGACCUAUGACGACUCCUACUCAGACUUCUCACGUUUCCGGCCCCCGGUGCGCCAGGGCCCCGUGACACGCAGCGCCAGUCGUGCCGCCUCCCUCCAGUCGCUGUCCGACACCUCCUCUGACUCUGUCAAUCAUUCUCCAGAGUCCACGGACAUGAAGCCGAUGAACUUCACCAGCAUGAUGAUGAUGUACCAGGACCAUAACAGCAGCCCCGAGUCCAACGAAGAAGGUGCCGGAGCCCUCUCCAUGCUGCCUCACCUGGCCGACCUGGUCAGCUACAGCAUCCAGAAGGUCAUCGGUUUCGCCAAGAUGAUUCCAGGCUUCAGGGAGCUGACAGCUGAGGACCAAAUCGCACUGCUGAAGUCCAGUGUUAUCGAGGUCAUCAUGUUGCGCUCGAACCAGUCCUUCAACCUGGAGGACAUGUCCUGGAGCUGUGGCAGUCCUGACUACAAGUACUGCAUCAGUGACGUCACUAAGGCUGGUCACACGCUGGAGCUGCUGGAACCUCUGGUGAAAUUUCAGGUGGGACUGAAGAAACUGAACCUCCACGAGGAGGAGCAUGUGCUGCUCAUGGCUAUCUGCCUCUUAUCUCCUGACCGCCCGGGUGUCCAGGACCACGCCCGUGUGGAGGAGCUGCAGGACCGCCUCUCAGAGGUCUUGCAGGCCUACAUCCGCGUCAAUCACCCUGGCGGGCAGCUGCUGUACGCCAAGAUGAUCCAGAAGCUGGCGGACCUGCGGAGCCUGAACGAGGAGCACUCUAAGCAGUACCGCUCGCUGUCCUUCCAGCCCGAGCACAGCAUGCAGCUCACACCACUCGUGCUGGAAGUGUUCGGCAGCGAGGCCUCCUAAGGUCACCCGGGUCACGUGAUUGUGAAUCGCUUGGGCUGCUGCUUGGGGUGUCGGGGGUGGGAGUAGGAGGCGACAGUAGGAAUGGCUGCAGGGGAUUGUGGGAUAGUUUUAUAAAUAAAGGGAGAUAUAGAGUAUUUAUAUUUAAGAAGAAGUUUCUAUUCAAAGAAAUGAAUAAUCAGUCGUAUUAUCAGAUAAUGUAUGUUCAUGUGGCUUUUGCAGUGCAUUCCGCAGUUCUGCAGUUCCGCAGUUCCACGAGCACGCAUGCCGCAAACGCCUUCAUGAAGACGCUCGCAGAUACUGCUGCCUCUAGUGAAAGCUGCCUUCUUAUAUAAAUGAGGACAAAGACAUAACUAUGACCACUUCUAAGCUAGCACAUCAGGGUCUGAUGGAGGGCGUGCUUUAGAUUGGUGUCCCUGCUUCUCAUUACUCGUCACGGUUGCCACUUGCCGAAUCCCACUGUAGUGUUCACACGUCGCUCAGAUGCUUUCCGGCGCGGCUGAAAAGUCUGUUGGAGCUCCACGUUCUCCAAGCUGCUCUCGAUGUUUGUCAUAUACCCUCAGAUACUGCUUUUACUGGUUCUAUACUGGUUUUAGAUUCAGAUGCCUUAUCACACAUUUCUACCUGCCUUACCACUGUACAACACAAAUUGGAAGAUGGAUAAAAUAUUUUUAAAGGAGCUUGCAAGUAAGGAUUUUCUCUGUUAAUAGUUCUUUAUACAAUUGUAAUAAUGCAUUAGAUGCCUUAUGCUUAGUCUUAAGUAGCUAGUCAUGAUUAACGCGUGUGAUAUACAACCCAUAGACCAAAUGUAAUUUCGCUGAUGGAUUUUGUUACUAUUUAUCCACUAAAAAGUUAGGUUGUUGUUAGCGUGCGCUCAUACCAUUUUUUGAGCUAUCUUAUUCGAUGGAUUUUUUUGUACCGUUGGCGAGAGGUGCAGAACUAAGCCAGUAAUUUCAUGCCGAAGCCCCUACAGAUUGAUGUCUACACAUGGUUAUUAUGUAAGGAUAUAGCCGGGGAUUAUUGCGUCAGUGUGCACUGUUCACGCUGAUGCUGGGGCAUUACUUUGGUUUUAAAAUUGUUUGUUUUGUUUUUUUUUAUUGAAUUUUUCGCCGUUAAACAGUAACAUAUUUUAUUCAUUUACAUCACAUGCGUUUAUGGCAGUUUGAUUACAUGACUUCGCCUCCAUCAGACUCUGAACUGGACGUCAAAUUAGCGCUGGGUUUUAAGGUGCAGGUCUUCCUUUGCGUUCUUUGCUGAUGUUGUGCCCCCUUGUGGUCGCAUUAUGUAAAUAGCUCUUCAUUUGUUCUUUGCUGUAUACAGGGCUAAAUAGUUUAUACUAAGAUAAUUAAAUAUUCUCAAUAUAUAUGCAAAUAUAGCUACUUUAAAUAAUUUCUUUUACAGAUAAUUGAGCUUUAGUUUAUUUAUUCUUUACUUGGCUUGUGAAUUUCCAAUACUAUCAUUGAUGCAGGACAGUAUUUUUAAAUGCCGUUUUUAUAUUUUUUCUUACUUUGAGUUUAGCAAUUGAGAAUGAUUAAAAUGCUAAACGUGAUGCUGCUUACUAAUAAAGCCAUAAAUCAUGCAUUAAAAAAUAAAGAAAUAAGCAUGAUCAAACCGCAGAACCGAAUGCCAAUCAAAGAUCCAACCGAAUGUUUUCAAUAUAGGAAUCAUAGCCCUGGAGUUGAAGCUAGCUAUCUAGCUAGCUUAUUGCUCAUGCUUACACCAAGGAACAUCAAACUACAGACUACAGCAUCUUUUUAAGAAGGUCGGUUAGGACAGAAGCCUGAAGCUGCUGCUCUCAGUAGUAACUCUGACACCUAACAGACUCUUGUCUUCCCUGACAAGUGACUGAAGUACCAGAGACGAGAGGAUGCAGGGAACCAGAGAACAAAACUCCUCUCAUAAAUUGUAGUUUGGGCAGGAGUGUCGGAGUAGGCAUGCAGUGCUGAGCAGUGUAGAUUUCAGAGGUAUUUUGCCGAUGAUCAGGCCAGAAGAUGAGUGAUGGUCCCCAUAGACCUGGCAUGAGUACAGAGGGUUACUUAUACAAGGACUAGCUAGAGUAAAAUAUGUUUGUUGGUCAGUUCUGCCUUCUGUAGGAAAGCGUUUUUUUCUUAUUGUUUUUAUGAUUUGAUUUUGAUGGCUUCAUAGGGCUCCUUUACCAUAAGUGCCAGUUACUAUGACAAGACUUUUUCAAGAACUGGCCUCCUGGUCUGAAGUACCAGGCAGUUAUGGUAUAGAACUGGACAGGUCACCCUCAUCUGCCGCAUGCUGGGAUACGAUGACAGAGGAGAGGUUGUGGUCAGCUGAGAGAGCCGCUUUCUCCCUGACUGAAUGAGAUUCUGAUUAAUGCAUGCCUUCUGACGAUCAGGAAGUGACGAUCUGGAUUGUUUAAACGGUCAUUUCUAAGUGUCUGUAUCGGCGGCUGUGGCGGAGGAUUCUGGAGGGUACGGCAUCGCGGCACGAUCCGAUUCCUGACUUUCCGCUUUUCCCUUCGUAUUUCCUUUCUUAGCGUUGCUUUUUAUUCUUGAGCUCCAUAAUAGGUCUAAGUAGUUAGCUGCACGUUCUCUCCUAGUUCUCGACAGGGUAUGUGGAACCAAAUUAAACUACCUCUCCACUCACUACAAUUUUUUUUUACAGGAUUUUUUUUCCUUGUAGUCUUAUUUGUAUUUAUUACUAUCCAGUUUUUGGACAAUUACCUCAGUACAUCGCAUCAGCUAGUUGUUACAGUACAUAGCACCCACUUUGCCUGUUUGACCACUGGCGAAAGCUUCUUUCCUACAGUUUUCGUCACCUCACCUAUAUCCGCAGAACAACGUGACCCUCCCCGGUUCCCUGUUCCUUCUUUUGCUGACAGUGUUGGUUAUCCCCACAGCUGACGUUAUGCUCCGUGUUUGGUUAUACGUGUGAUUACAUACAGAUCUGCACGUGUAAAAAAAUUAAAAAAAAGAAGUUGAUCCUCCUUCCUACAUGUAUUAAAAAUAAAGAUUUUCUUUCUGACACAGUCAAAGGCUUUCAGUCUGAGUAUAAGCUACAUUCGAAUGGUGUCUUUUAAUUGUUAUGUGUGACUUAUCGGAGCGGUCUACUUGUUUUUGUGGCCUCAUCGUUUGUGUGGCCUCAGUCUUGUAACGGUCAUAUGGUUGAAACUGUACUGUGUAAGGGCGUGAGGAGCGAGAUCGUGAGGAGCGAGAUGCCGUAUAUGAGCCUGGACGACCCUGCCCUCAACAACUUGCACGACGGAGUAUCUGGUGAAAGCAAAAAUGAGAAUUAGAUAUGCUGCUAUUGCUGCUGUCCGAUGAGCGCCUGUGUCGCGGUCCCCAUCGACAUCUCGCGGUCCCCAUCGUCAUCUCGCGGUCCCCAUCGUCAUCUCGCGGUCCCCAUCGUCAUCUCGCGGUCCCCAUCGUCAUCUCGCGGUCCCCAUCGUUAUUAUGGCAACACACGGUCUGUCUUCUUUCCGAAUGUUGACAAGGUGCGGCGGGGGUGUACCGUGUCCCACCGCCCAGCAGGCCGGGCCUUCUGCACACCAAACAGAUUCUGUUCGUUUUCCAAACUGUCGUUCUGCCGUCCGCUUCAGUGUGACUUUUUCUCGUACACUGUGAACCUUAUACCGUUACACCAUUAGUAGUACGAGACAGGCCCAGAUUGCUGCUGAGGAACAUUUUAGGGCAGAUCAGCAAUGAUACGAGAGACUAGUAAUCAAUUUUAUAGGCAAAAAAAUUAUGAAACUAUAACUGCUCACUAAAGCUCUUUCGGUAGGCUGCAUGAAAUGUAUUAUGUGCAGUGCAAGAAAUGUACAUAACCUGAACAUAAAAGUCUAGUAGAUGCAUGUCCACAGUAGAUAUAUAAAAUAACCUGGAUGUUGUCUUUGCUUAAUAAUUCAUAAAUAGGAGUUAAAAAUUCUUUAGUAAGUAUACAUGGAUACAUCUCUGUGCCUAUAACUGCCUUAUAACCAAGAGAAUCUAGCCAGCUGGUUACCCAUAGCAACAUAAGUUAUUCAUUCACAGGCUUUUUACUAUCGGCCUUUGAAGUCAGUGGGGCACGUUAUUUGAGUCCCCCUUCAGCGUGUGUGCAGCAGACCAUUGUAACACGCUUAAAUGUACUGCAUGUAACAAAUGCGGGCAAAAUUAGCGAAAUCAAAGAUGCGAAUGCCUUAAGUAAAAGUGAUUCUUUUAUCAUCUGGGCUGGAGGUGCACUGUACUGCUCGCUGUGGGCACACAGUACCUCCUGAUCUAUAUUUUGCCUUCUCAGUAAAUAAUGUGUUUUUUUUUGUUUUGUCUAGCGCGUGUGUGCAUGUCCCAGACGAUGUUGUCCAUGGCGUUGCAGGGUGAACAGUCCUUUUCAUGAGGCUGAACGUCUCCCACGCGGAAGCGUUUAGUGAUAAAUUACUCAUAUGAGCAAGUUCUGUGGACCCUGCAGGUAGUUUGCUUGGGCUUUAGUCGUAUGGCGUUAUGAACCCAGCUUCGUUGUUGCUCUUAUUACAUCUCAUGUUCUGUUAGCAGUGCCUCAGUUUCCUCUGUCCUUUGUGUUAUUACGGUCUCUCUUUUAAUGUUAGUUCAUCAUGUAAUGUGUAUAUAUAUAAUUCACGUAUGUUUGGAAAAUCAAAUAAAGUACCUGACUAUGGUGCUGCA